AUGAAAACCCAAACAACUGUUGGAUGUAGUUGGAAAACUGACAAAGAUUGCUCCGAAACCAGGAUAAUAAGUAUAUUUAAUCCUAAAGUAAACGCGUGUCUUGCAGAAAUUGACGCAAACAAUAUCACAUGGGAGACAACCCACCCUGGUAUUACUAAUGAGCAAUCAUGUCCGUCUGGAUAUACAGGUUUAGCUUCCAGAUAUUGCCAACUCAAAGAUUUCAGAGGCACGUGGAGAGAACCAAACCUGGUUUCAUGCACUAGAAAAGUAUUCGCAUCGAUUUCGGAUCAACUACAGAAUAUUCAAGAUGGCUUACAAGUGGAUACAUUAGCUAAUUUGUUGAAAGUGUUUUCAGAUGAGAGUAAAGACAUUUUGAAAAGCAACAAAUCGACUGCGAGUGAUAUCAGGUCCGGUGUAGAAAUUUUAAGAACAUCAUCAAGUAUUGUUUCUAAUAGAGAAGAAAUCAUUACAAAAGAAGAAACAGACGACUUUUUUACUGCCACGGAUAACAUAUUAUCAAGUGAAACGGACAAAUCAUGGAAAGAAUUCUAUACCAAGACUGGAGAAAACAAGGCUGGUCAAAUGAUGAGCAUUGUGUCAAAUGUUAGUGAUUCAGUUUUAAAGUCACUCAAAAAGAACGAAUCUAGAAGUAUUGUAGGCGAAAAUAUUGUUUUAGAAAUCGGAAAUGCAGAUAUUGGUGACGUUAGGUUUCCAGGGAAUGAAAUUCGAAAUAAAACAACGAGUUUUCAAAACAAAGUAGUUCUAUUAGAUAAGACAAUUACUGAUAGUUUAAAGACAAAUGGUACAAUACAGUACUCAGCGGUGUUAUAUAAAACAAUGUCACAACUGCUACCUACCAGUAACAACGCGUCACAGAACAUAGUUGGAUCACCAGUUAUGGCGUUUUCAAUUCCGCAUGAUCAAAUUUUACAAAAGCUUAGCCCACCUCUCCAGCUACAUUUUGAAACAAUUAAGUCAAACCUCACAAAGAAGCAUUGUUCUUUUUGGAAUUUUGAUCUACCGAAUGGUGGUAACUGGGCUACAGAUGGAUGUGAAACUGCCUAUAUGAAUGACAGCAUUACUGAAUGCAGAUGUAAUCAUUUGACAAACUUUGCAGUUAUACUAAGCUUGGAAGAUAUAACAGACGAACAUCACCAAAUAAUGUCGACAAUGUCUUUGGUUGGCUGUAUCAUAUCAUUGAUAUGUUUAUUCAUCACAAUAGUGGUAUACAGUUUAGAAUGGAAGAAUCUUUCAUCUGAUAAAUCUGUGAUAUUAAUGUUAAUGUGUUUUACAUUGAUAUUGGCCUAUAUCGCAUUUUUAGCUGGAAUAAACAAAACUGACAAUAAGGAUGCAUGUACUGCUGUUGCCUUGAUUCUUCAUUUUCUUUUCCUGAUUGUUUUGUUUACAAUGUUAGCAGAAGGGAUAAUUCAUGCAGUAUCAGUUGUGGCGGUGUUCCCACAGCGGAGAUCCAUCAACAGAAUUCUAAUUCCUUUGAUAUUUGGUAUCCCUUUUGGUAUAGUUCUUAUAUCUGCAAGUGUCACCAAGUUAGAAGGAUAUGGAACAAACAAAUUCUGUUGGUUGUCAAGAGAAAAUGGACUGAUAUAUGCUUUCUUUGUGCCAUGCUUACUUGUCAUUUUAUCUAAUUUUGUAAUUACUGGAUUGGUAAUGAGGAAACUGUUUUCGACACGAGUCACAAUGAGCAAAUCAAAAAAGGAAAAACUAAUAUCUGGAGUCCGAAGUAUUGCCAUCUUAUCACCUGUGUUUGGUCUAACAUGGUUGUUUGGUAUGUUUUCAUUCCAUAAGAGUACUGUUGUGUUCAGCUACCUAUUUGUAAUAUUCAACUCUUUACAGGGUUUGUUUAUAUUUAUCCUGCACGGAAUAUAUAAUCAUAAUGUGAAGAAAUCUAUGAAAAGAAGAGUUUCAAGGAUGAGAAAGGAGAGAGAACUAACUUCAUCAAAAAUGACAGAAAGUACAAACACAUGGAAUAUCUUUAAAAAGAAGAAAGAAAAGAGAUCUGGAACAUCAAACGUUUUGUCUGAAACAGGUACAUCCGGGGUGGCAGCUGUAGCAAAUCCAGUACACCGUGCGACAUCAGUCGGACGGGAGGAGACACGUGCUUUUGUACAGGAGAACAUGAACGAAAAAGAAGCAUUACAUGUUAAGGAUGAAGAAGCAUUACAUGUUAAGGAUGAAGAAGUUUUACAUGUUAAGGAUGAAGAAGUAUUACAUGUUAAGGAUGAAGAAGCAUUACAUGUUAAGGAUGAAGAAGCAUUACAUGAUAAGGAUGAAGAAGCAUUACAUGUUAAGGAUGAAGAAGUAUUACAUGUUAAGGAUGAAGAAGCAUUACAUGUUAAGGAUGAAGAAGCAUUACAUGAUAAGGAUGAAGAAGCAUUACAUGUUAAGGAUGAAGAAGCAUUGCAAGUUAAGGAUGAAGAAGCAUUGCAAGUUAAGGAUGAAGAAGCAUUACAUCUUAAUGAUGAAGAAGCAUUACAUGUUAAGGAUGAAGAAGCAUUACCUGUUAAGGAUGAAGAAGCAUUACAUGUUAAGGAUGAACAAGUAUCUAAUGUUAAGGAUGAAAGUACUAAGGCGCAGUCUCUUGUAAAUCCAUUGUAUGACGCAACGUGUGACAAUAGCCGAUUGUGAGGAGAAAACAGCUGCUUAUCUGCAGACAAGAAAGUUAUUUAUCAAUCAGGAAUGAAAAUUGCAAGUGCCAAAGGAUUGAUUCAGAAAUAUUGUGUAAAUUGUGCUUUUUUCAUCAUCAUCACCAAUAUUUAAUUGUGAAACUACUGAAUGUAAUGCCAAAAAGGUUGCUAUUUCAGCUUGUAUAAUUGUUUAACAUAUAUAUGAAUGAUAUUUUGCGUAAUUUGCAGGUGCCAGGCAAUCAGCAACAUAACAUAUAACAUUUUAUUAUUAUAUUGAUGUUUUUGGCAGCGACUUUCCUGGUAUGGAACUUGCGCCCUCACUAUUUGCCAUACGUGUUGUUAUUUAUGUUCCCGGUGUAUUUUUUUUCUAAUUUUUCUUUAGCGCUAUUUAUGAUUGUUAGCCUAUGAUUUUCUAUCAUUGAAUAACCCAUAUUUCAGCCAAUACUUACAUCUCAUAUAUCCCAGUGAACUUGACAUUAAGGAUACUACUGAUACUAGAAAGACUGCUUCAUACCUUGAUCUUUUCCUCAAUAUUGACGUAGAUGGACGACUUCACAUGAAAAUCUAUGAUAAACGGGACGAUUUCAACUUCCCAAUUAUCAAUAUCCCAUUUCUCAUCAGUAACAUACCCUCUGUCCCUUCGUAUGGUGUUUACAUAUCACAAUUGAUACGUUAUUCUCGUGCUUGUUCACACUAUACGGACUUCAUAUACAGUAGUGUGCAACUUACGCAGAAACUGCUCCGACAAAGUUAUGAGGAGGACAGAUUAAAAUUGACACUCCGUAAAUUUUAUGGACACCAUCACGAAUUGGUGGAUCCAUACGAUGUGUCUUUGACCAUACUAGCUAAGGACAUUUUUACCACAUGGUAGAUUGUGGUUUGUCAUUCUGUCGUCUAAUCUUUUAAUUACCAAACGUGACUUAUUCCCGAUUGUGACUGUUUUGCUGAGUGUGAAUUCACAUUACUAUAAGACGUGUUACGGUACUUGUCUAUCCCAAAUUCAUGUAUUUAGUUUAAAUGUUUUAUGUAAUAUUUGUCAUUCUCAUCGGAUUUUGUCAAAUGCGUUGACGUCUUUCUAUUAUAUUUAUGUGUUAUGGUAAAGAAAAUUAAUCACCGCCUUCAUUUAAUAGAUUUGAUUUCGUUCAAUGUAAUCAGGACGAUAUUUUACGUUUGAAGUUAGAUUCAAAACAAACCGGACAUGGCUUUAUAAUAUAGUAGUUAAUUGCUACCUUAGUUUGCUAUUAAUAAGUGUUGAAAUGUGCUUUGUUAUUUAAUGCAAUAUAAGUAUUUAGUUCAAAUAUGUAAUCUUAAAUCAAUCCUAAUUCUAUCUUAUUCAUUCUAAUGUGACGUCAUUUUUCAUUUUUUGAUGAUCUGUUUUACAAACUCAAAUGACGUCAUUUUUUCGUAAUUUGUUUACAGUUUCAAAUAUGACGUCACUUGGCGUUGAGGUUUAAGCUUACUCGGAUGUGUCUACUUUUGUGUUUCAAAUGUCUGGUUAUGUAAUGUAUUUCAGUUGUUUCCUGUAAUUAGUUAAUACUUCAGUUUUAUCAUGUAAAUCUUUUGUAUAGUCAUUUUAUAAAAUUUACUGUUUGCAAAAGUAUAAUUAUUCUAAAUAAUAGGAAUGUUCUGGUAACUAACAGAAAACCCUUGCCGUUUUUGGCACAACUUUGUACUUGUUUCGGCUUUCAAACUUUUGUAUUUGGGCGUCACUAGUAGGUCUUGUGUGGACAAAAUGAACUUCUGGCGUAUUAAAAUUUUGAACGUGUUGCCUUUUGUUGGCUGUUGUUCGUGUGAUUCUUUGUCAAUUGUGUUCUCCAAUUUAUUUAAAUUGUAGUCCUGUUAGUGUGUAUUUUAGUCUAAGACAUCGAGUUAAAACCUCCGAUGGUCAUAUAAGCGAUAUAAACAUAAAUAUAGAUAUUGAUAGAUAUAGAAAGUGGACUCGUGCAAUUGUAUUUUUCUAUGUUUGUUUAAUUUCAUAUUAAAGAUUUUAAAUAUA